GGCGGCAGGACGAGCGCUAUAUAAGCUCGCUCAUGUAAGCAGUCUGCACUCAUUCCACCAGAGACUUACCUCAGCAUCAGCAAUGGCAGCCAAGUUCGUAGUUCUCGCCGCCCUAGUGGCCGUGGCCCACUGUUCAGUGGUGCCAGUGGCGCGAGUAGACGCCGACUACAGCAGCUUCGCGUACGACGUGGCCGACCCCAACACCGGCGACUACAAGAGCCAGGUGGAGACCCGCGUGGGCGGCGCCGUGUCCGGCCAGUACUCGCUGCUGGACGCGGACGGCACCAAGCGCACCGUCGACUACACCGCCGAUGACGUCAACGGCUUCAACGCCGUCGUGCGCAAGGACGCUGCUGUUGUCUCCGCCCCCGUCGUAGCCGCGCCCGCUGUGGUAGCUGCCGCUCCUGCCGUGGUGGCUGCCCGCACUGUCGCCGCUCCUGCCGUGGUUGCUGCCCGCACCAUCGCCGCUCCUGCCGUGUACGCGGCGCACGCUGCUCCUGCUGUGUACGCGGCUCACGCCGCUCCCGCCCUGUACGCGGCUCACUCCGCCCCCGCUGUGUACUCCGUGCCUUCUGCCUACUCGUACGGCGCUCACUCCGUGUACUCCGCUCCCCUCGCCUACGCCGGCUGGUAAACAGUGUCCCGUAACUACUGUAAAUGGUGCUCUUCUGUAAAUAAUGUUUAUUUUUAAGUAAAAAGUGAAACUAC